ACAUUUUGAUGCACAGGGGCGACAUAACAUUGUUUAUCUAUAAAUUACAAUAUUUAUGAUAAAGUAUGUCUAAAAAGAAAUCGACGUACAAGUGUUGUGCUGUUCCCGACUGUAAGAAUACGACAUUUCGUACUCCUAACAAGUUGUUUUUCUCGAUUCCUGUCGGUGAACGGAGGAGUGCGUGGUGUAAGGCAAUGGGCCGACAUGAGCCGGAAUAUAAGCCUCUGCAUCCAAACUCUACUCGCUUUUGCUGUGAGGAUCACUUCGAUCUAGAAAAAGACAUGGAAAAUUAUAUGAGAUGGAAAAUGAUGGGGACCAGGAGAUUAUCCUUGAAAAAGGGCAUCCUUCCCCACAAGUUUUCUUGCCAAAAUAAAGUGAUCAGUGAUACAAGCAAGCAGAUAGAAACUGCCCCUGUGGAUAUAAAGCAAGAAAUUUCAGACACUGAUGACGUAGUUGCUUGUGAGAGCGACGUCACAGACAUACAAGAUACCGAACUAAGUGAACCUAAAGAUGAAAGUAUAGACAAUCAGUGUAGACCUUACAUCGUAAGCAUUAUAUGUGUGAAAACAAAAAAAAGACGCUUAAGUUAAUAUCAUUUGUGUAUGGAUUGAAAGUGAAAUUAUUGUGUAAAUAUGUUUAUAACAAACAAAUUUGUUUAAUAUGGUACGCCUGAUUUUACCUCCAAACCGAAGUCUAUGAUACAACUGACGUUUUUGUUUAAUGUUCCCUUAACAUAAAGGUUAAGAACCACUGGCUUAAUGGGUUUCAUAUGUGCCAGUGAAGCAUAGUUGAUUCUGAUAAUAUCUUGUAUGAAAAAGGGAAAAAGGCAUUUGAUUGAUGCAAUUAGUUUUAUAAUACAUGUGCCUAUUUUUAUUAUAUUUUAAAUUUACAAACGAUUAAUUAUAAGUGUGUGUGUUGUACUGUCAUUGAUUGACAUGAUUAAAACUUGACUCCACAAUAAGCAUAGCUGUGACAGUGUCUGUACAAAUAAGAAAAUAAGGAGUACGCUUUACUGCCUAUUUUACUGGUUGUAGGUAGUUUGUCCCGAACAUAAGUUACGUAUAGACUUAGCAGCAGGACUUAGAAUAGACUAUAAUUUUGGAUUCACAAUUGCUGAAAGUAUUAUGGUGUAAUUAUAGUGGAAUUCGAUGGCGGAAGAAAGAAAAAGAAAAGAAAGAAAGACCUUGGUCUGUCGAUAACUGCAGUAAAUUCUAUUUUAGAACGAAUGUCAAAGGCUGCACUAACAGGUUCCUACCGAAUUUGGCUAGGCAGGGCGGGAAACUCGAGCAGUGUAGGUGAGCGUUGAUGCACAUCUCAAAGGGGGCCUCCUUAAACCUACACCUAGGUCGCAAGUCCUGGGAACUGCUCUGAAUUUCUCCUUUUGCCACACGAUGGACCCGGCACGCGCACGGUGAAGCCACGGAAUGCCAAGAAGUUUGUCUCAAAGUCAGCAGUUAAAUUAUGUUCACGGUAACUAGUGAAAGAGGUCCUAAGAGCCUUUUUUUAAUUAAUUAGUGACAUGAAAGUUUUAUUAAAAACUAAAUAAGUAUAA